AUGUUGGCUGAUGACUGUGUCAGGGGUAUGCCAUGUGCUUUUGUUUUCAUGUUUGGGCAUAAAAUGAAUUUAUCUACCGGGAAGAAAAGAAGUCUAGAUCAAUGGUUGGCAAGCAGCGAUCUUCCUGAAGAUCUGGUGAUUGAUCAGAUCCUCUCGAGAUUGCCUGUCAAAUCUCUAAUGCGAUUCAAGAGUGUUUGCAAAAGAUGGCAUUCUCUUCCUACGAACCCUAGCUUUAUUGCGUCACAUCUCAAACAUAGUAAUGCUUCUAAUACGCUGGCCAGUUGGGAUGGUAACAACGGUCUCAUAGUUGGGCAUGAAGGCUUUCGCUUAUUCACAGUAUGUUCUCUCAAAUUUGCCUUCCAACCUGUGAAUCUUAAUUUUGGGUUUGACAGGAAACCAGAUUUAGUUUUGGGUCCUUGUGAUGGCGUGUUUUGUCUACAUUGGAGGCCUAUUGAGUUUUUUUCACAUGGACCUCUUGUUGAGCGGCUACCAAUUAUUGCACUGUGGAACCCUGCAACUAGGGCCUUUAGCAUUCUCCCCAUGUCCAAAUUUGACUUCCCACCAUAUAAGAAGGUGUAUUCUUGUCUGGUUGGGUUUGGCUUUGAUCUCACAGCUAAAAGUAUCAAGGUGGUUAAAGUUGUAAAUUUCCGCGGGGUUGAAGCGUACCAAUAUGUUUACAUUAAUUAUGCUGAAGUUUACGACUUAAGCUCUGGUUUUUGGAGAGUUCUCCCCGUGGAUGAUACUGUCCAAAAGGUUUCUGUUCACGAUUUUCCAACCCACGGCAUGUACAAUAACAACGAUGGUGUUUUUCAUUGGCACUCAGUGCGCAGGUUUCGUGGAAUCGGUGUGCCUUACAUUCACCUAGUUCUUUCGUUUGACAUAAGUCGGGAGUUGUUCCAUGUGACACUAAUGCCAGAGAAGUUCAACGCAUUAAUUUCGAGUCCCCGUAACAGAUUUAAGUUUUGUCACUUCUCACUGCUUAGGGACUCCCUUGCGGACUUCUGCCGCGUGGUUGAGGCUGGGGAAUCCUUCUCCUCAUACAGUUGGUCACAUGAAUCGACUGUGGAGCACCUAUGUUCCGAAGCAUGUGUCUCAACGGGUUUCUUGAAUAAAAAUGAGCUUCUGCUGUGGAAAAUAGACUUGCAGCUGAGAUAUACCCCAUUCUUGUAUGACAUUGUUGCCAAACAGGCUAGGGAUUUGCGUGAGCUGAAUUUCCUAUACAAAGAGAGCCUAGUUUCAGUUAAGGGAGGCUGUGGAAAUGACUCCAUUCCGUAUUAG